GUGUGAGCGGCGGCGGGAGCGGCCGGAGCGGGGACAGCGGGGACAGCGGGGACAGCGGGGACACCGCGGCCGCCAUAGGGCCCGCUGGGGCCGGCAGGGGCCUGGGGACGGGUAACGGCGCGGGCAGGGAGCUGGGGCCUGGAGCGAGGAAUGCCACCAGGAAAAGGACAGAUGACCCCGCUGCUGCCCGCCCCGAAGGUCUCCACGCCCACCCUGCAAGGCACCCAUGUCCCCACCGCGGGGGGCUGCGCUCAGGCCCCGAAGGGCCCCAGCUCGCCACAGGGUCGCAGCAAGAAGAGGAGCCGAAAGCACCAGCGGUUCAUGAAGCGCCGGGCGCUGCUGGAGCAAAAGGGGCUGCUGAGCCCCCAUGGGCACCUGGGCGGUCAGACCGCUGAGUCGGGGCUGGAGGGACACACUACACUCACCGAGGCAAAUGGCACCACGGCACCAUGCUGUGACAAGGUCCCCAAGCCCACACGGAUCGCAUCUGCAUCCCUGUCUCCGUCUGCCUCUCCGGACAGCAUAGCCAGGCACCACUCCGUGCUGCUGUCCCAGGGCAGCUCCAAGAGGGUGCGGACGUCCUCCCUCGUCCUGCGCCCGGGCAAAUACGUGGCCAUUGACUGUGAGAUGGUGGGCACCGGUCCUCAGGGCAGGCUGAGCGAGCUGGCACGAUGCUCCGUGGUGAACUAUGAGGGGGAUGUCAUCUAUGACAAGUACAUCCGGCCCGAGCUCCCCAUUGUGGACUACCGGACGCGCUGGAGCGGCAUCACCAAGCGGCACAUGAAGAAUGCUAUUCCCUUUGCAGCUGCCCAGGCGGAGAUCCUGAAGAUCCUGAAAGACAAGAUUGUGGUAGGACACGCCAUCCACAAUGACUUCCAAGCCCUGAAGUACUUCCACCCGAAAGAAAGGACUCGAGACACCAGCCAGAGCCCUGUGCUGAAGAAGAGGGCAGGACUGCCUGUCAAAGCCAAUGUGUCCCUCAAGAACUUGGCCAUGCACUUGCUCCAUAAAAAGAUCCAGGUUGGCUGCAGAGGACACUCAUCGGUGGAGGAUGCUCAGACAGCCAUGGAGCUGUACAGACUGGUGGAGGUGCAGUGGGAGAAGGAGCUGGCACACAGCCUGCCCCCCCGGCCCCCCAGCCCUGUCACAGACCCUGCUGCAGACAGCAGCCAGUACCUGGAUGACCAGUACUGGCCCACAGACCUGAUGACAAGCAGCCUGUGAUGGGGGACAGCAUCUCCUCCGUGCGUUUUGGGCCAUCCUGCAGCCUUCAGCUGUUAAAGGUGGAGGUGACUGCUGACCUCCUCCCCUGGGGCUUGUGCCCACUACCCAGCCCUGUUCAGGGAUGAAGACAUAGUGACACCUGCACACAAGCAAUCUCCCGAAAAUGCUGUCUGCAGCCUUGAGCUGUCACGCAGAAAUAAGGGCUGUGACUGCUCCGUGUUCAUCUGUCACUUGAGGAUGAGCAGGGUCCUGUGUCAGCCUGGAGGAGCCUCUGGGCGUAUAAGGGGGGCUGCCAACAUCCUCCAUGCCUUCUGUGGGGUUGUCCUCUCAGACAGCAAGGGGCAAGUUUCCCUGUGGAGGGGCUGAGGUGUUUUGCUGAUGCCCAAAGGCUGCAAACUGAGCCAGUUUGCUCCUCACUUUCUUUCAUAGAACCAUAGAAUAUGCCAAGUUGGAAGGGAUCCACGAGGAUCAUUGUGUCCAACACCUGGCCCUGCACAGGACACCCAAAGAAUCCCACCACGUGCCUGAGAGCUUUGUCCAAAAACUCCUUGAAAUCAGACAUGCUUGGCGCUGUGAUCACUUCCCUGGGGAGCUUGUUCCAGGGCUCAGCUCCAGUUGUGUGCUGAAUAUUUUGUCCAGAAGGAUAUUGUGAGAGACAGUAUCAAAAUGUUUAAGUCCAAAAAGAUUUCACCACCUGGUGUCCCUUGAUCAGCUAGGUGGGUACCCUGUUGUAGGAGGAAAUCAGGUUGAGUGAGCAGGACUUUGCCCUCAUGGAGCCAUGCUGGUUGUGACCCAUGACUACAUUGUGCUCCUGGUGUUUUUCAGUACCUCCCAGAAAAAUACUUUCCGUGAUUUUGCCUGUCAGUGAAAGUGAGACUGACAGGCUGUAGUUUCCAGCACCCUUGCCCUUCAAAACUGGGGCAACAUUUGCCGGCUUUCAGUCAGCUGGGACCUCCCUGGAUUCCCAGACUGCUCAGAAGUAGUUGAGCAGCUCUGUAAUGACAUCAGCAGCUCUGAGGAUUCUUGGAUUAAUCCCAUCAGGCCCCAUAGAUUUGUAGGGAUCCAACUGCACAAUGAAGUUCUGAAGGAAGGUCUGUGUCUAAUCAGUGUCCUGAUCAGCCUGGACAAGAGCAUAGAAUGCACUUCAUUUUAAAUAAAUUAUUCACAUAAUUGUCCAAUUCUGAAUUAAAAACUCUUCUGGCU